AUGAUAGCAGAUACCGGUGUUCAGCCUAUCUUUCUUAAGAGUGAGCUACCAUGGAGAUUUGACAAAAAUACAAAAAUUAAUCGUCUUGUUGUCUCAAAUAAUGUUUUUAUUUUACAUUUAAAUGAGAAAACUUUACAACGACGGUGUCUUGAUGAAACACCGAAAGAUGCAAAAACUUCAUCAUUUUCAGAGGUUCAAAUUCCAGACGCAAUAAAUAAAGUAUUCCUUGAUCCCUAUGGUCGUUUAGUUAUUGUAUCAACACGUGAUAAACGGGAGGUAUACAUUCUUGUAUCAUCAACAAAUUCAUUAAAAUUAAUUAAAAGACCAAUACGAUUUGGAAAUGCCAUAUCAUUUGGUCUUGUUUCUGUUUCGUGGUGCAAUCGAUUUUUACAACAACAAAAUGAUGUUGUUGCACUUCUUGCUGGUCAAGAUGGAAAUAUAUAUGAAGUAUUAAUUCGAUCCGAUGGUGAAUUAGCAUGGUGCAAUGAAGUUUAUCCAUCAUUUAAAUCUUUUAUGGAUAUGAAUAAAGAUAGUGUUACUGGUAUUUAUUGUGAUGUUAAAUCUGCUUAUGAAGAUAAUACAAAUAUAUUUGUUGUUAUUACUACACAAAAAGCUUUGUAUUAUUUUGAACAUGGAAUUGAUCCAUCGCCUAAAUCAGAUUAUUUUUCAACAUUCUUUGCUUAUUUUCGUGAUGCUUCAUUGUCUGAUUUAAAACAUCUGGAAUUUCCAAGUGGUAAUGCUCAAAGUGAAAUUCAAUUAUUUGUGAAACGAAAAUCAUCUACAACACAAUUAUUACAUAGACAAUUUGCAUGGAUAACGGGUGCUGGUCUAUUUUAUACUGAAAUAGAUCCAGUUAAUGUACAAAACUCUUUUAUUCAACGUCAUCGUAUUAUUGAUUAUUAUAUUGAUAAAAGUCUUAAACAAAGAGAUGAAGAACAACCACCAAAAUCUGUUGCAUUAACAGAAUUUCAUUGUCUUAUGAUGUUUCCUAAUGAAAAUCAAAUACGUGCUGUAUGCACUGUUAAUAAAAAAAUUGUUAUGAUUGAUGGUUCUAUGGCAAGUGGUAGACCAGUUUGUUAUGCACGUGAUCAAAUUCGUGAUCAAUUAUGGGCAUGUACUGAUGAACAUGUUCUUCGUUAUACAAUCAAUGAUGAACGUCGUGAUGUCUGGCGUGUAUUUAUGCAAAAACAAGAUUUUCAAAAAGCUUUUGAAACAUGUAUUGUAGUAGAUGAUCCAGAUGAAACAGCACGAAGACAACGUUCAAUUAAUUCUAAACAUGCGGAUUAUUUAUUUAAUGAAAAAAAAUAUACACUUAGUGCGAAUAUUUAUGCUACAUCAGAUACAUCAUUUGAAGAUGUAACAUUAAAAUUCUUUGCUUUAAGAGAUAAAGAACCACUUCGAGAAUAUCUUCAAGCUGUUUUACAAUAUCAAAAACCAUCAACAGAUAGUACACAAAUAACAAUAUUAACUUUAUGGUUAACGGAUUUAUUUUUGAAUGAACUUGAUGAAUUACGUCAAAAAGAUUGUACAACAACAACUCAAACAACAACAUCACCUAAUACAAAUAAUAGAUCCCCAUUCAGUCUUCAGUCACAUGAAGAAUUUUUAGAUGAAAAUAGUCGAAAAGAAAAAUUUGAUGAAAUUCGUCGAAAAUUUCAAUAUUUUUUACGUAAAUCAGAAAUCCAGUCAUGUCUUAAAGAACAUCGUUCAGCUGUGUAUGAUCUAUUAACAAGUCAUGGUGAUCUUGAUGAUUUAAUUUUAUUUGCUGAACAUGUACAAGAUUAUGAACGUGUUAUUCUACUUUAUCUUGAACGUGAAGAUUAUGAAAAAGCAUUAAAAACAGUUGAACCAUUAGAUAAUUAUCAACUUCUUUAUAAAUAUUCACCAACAUUAAUUGAAAAAUUACCUGAAAAUCUUAUAUCUGUUUGGAAAAAGAAAUAUAGCGAACGUUUUGAACCUAAAGAACUAUUACCAGCAAUGAUUGCUUAUUCACGAGCAUAUCCGACAGGUAAAGCUGUAUUGGAUUUUUUGAAAUUUUGUUUAACAAGAGGAUGUAUUGAUAAAUCAAUUCAUAAUUAUCUUCUUUCGGAAUACGUCAAAUUUGAUUCUAGUCAAAUAAUGCCCUAUUUAAGAAAUCAAAAAGAAGAUCCUCUUAUAAUAACGUAUGAUCCAAGAUAUGCAUUACGUCUUUGUAUUGAUCAUGAUCUUAAACAAGAAAGUGUCUUUUUAUAUCGUUUAUUAAAUAUGCAUGAAGAAGCUGUUGAUACAGCUUUACAAGUGAAUGUUAAAUUAGCAAAAGAAUGUGCAUCAACGGCUCCAAGCAACGAUGAACGAACGAAAAAAUUAUGGCUUAAAAUUGCUGAGGGUAAUUUUCAACGUAAUCCACAAAAAUGUGAAUUAGCAAAAACGACUAUUGAUUAUUUAGGCCACACAAUUAGUGUUCAUUGUAUUAAACCAUUGCAAGAACAUAUUGAAAAAAUCUUAGCUAUUCUACAACUAACAACAUUAAAUCAAGCUAGUGCUUUUAUAGGUGCCAUUGAGUGGUAUCGCAAAUUUAUUAAAGAUUAUGCAAAAUUAGCUGCACCAAUAUUAGCAGUUGCAAAUUUAACUAAAAAUAAUAAAUAUAAAUUUAAAUGGGGUACACCACAACGAGAAGCUUUUGAUCAAUUAAAAACUGCUAUAACGUCUGAACCAUUAUUUCUAACUUAUCCUGAUCCGGAUGCACCUCUUAUCUUAUCAACUGAUGCAUCAGAUUAUUGUAUUGGUGGUGUCUUAUAUCAAGAAAUUAAUGGUGAACGCAAAAAUAUUUAUUUUUAUUCACAAAUGUUACCAAAACUUCAACGAAAGUGGCCAACAAUAGAAAAAGAAGCAUUGGCUAUCUAUUAUUGUGUUACACGUAUGAAAUUAUAUUUAUUAGCUCGUGAAUUUGUUCUCCAAGCAGAUCAUUGUCCACUACGUGAUAUGCACAAAAAACCGUCCAACAAUGGUCGAGUUGAUCGUAUAUCAUUAGUCUUACAACAAUAUAAUAUAAAAGAAAUUCGUCACGUAUCUGGUAAAUGUAAUUGCAUGGCUGAUUAUUUAACUCGAUAUCCUCAACCAUUAGAAGAUGAUGAUGAUUUUCUGGACUCAGAUUUUGGUUUUAUACCCUCAGAAAAAAAUCCAGUCGACAAAAAUAUUAAUUUUUGUUUGAAAAUACCACGUUUAAUUAUUUUGUAUAAUAUAUCGUUCUCUAAAACAUAA